AGGGGAGAGGCCACUGACUUCAAAAAGUUUGUCAGAAGACAGUAGUGUUGAUCCUGUCUGUGUUGCUGCAAUGAUCCCUUGUCACUCAUAAAGGAAAGAGAAACACCUGCUUCGGGGCUUUGUUGUUUGGUGGCUGCCACACAGAUUAAGGAACCUGACCCUCAGUCAAAGUUACUGUGAGGUUACAGUUCUCACUGAUUGUGUCGUUGCGACUAGGGGAUUCCCCUAUUUUGUGUCGCACCGCACUGACCAAUUGUGGCUAUGGCCGGAGAAGGGGCGGGCGGAGAGCAAAGCCCCCGAGCACCUGAGCGCAAGGAAUAUCUCUUCAAGGUGCUUGUGAUUGGGGAGUUGGGAGUAGGCAAAACUAGCAUCAUCAAACGCUAUGUCCAUCAGCUUUUCUCCCAGCACUACAGAGCCACCAUAGGGGUGGAUUUUGCCCUCAAAGUCAUAAACUGGGACAACAACAUGUUGGUUAGACUGCAGCUGUGGGACAUCGCAGGACAAGAGCGAUUUGGAAACAUGACACGAGUAUACUAUAAGGAGGCUGUUGGAGCUUUUGUGGUAUUUGAUGUAACAAGAGGAUCAACCUUUGAAGCCAUCACAAAGUGGAAAUCUGACUUGGACAGCAAAGUGUUCCUUCCAAGCGGCGGGACUAUACCUGCAGUUCUUCUGGCCAACAAGUGUGAUCAAAAGAAGGAAAACAACGUACAGAGCCCUCACCAAAUGGACCUCUUCUGUAAAGAAAAUGGCUUUGCUGCAUGGUUUGAAACCUCUGCAAAGGACAACAUGAAUAUAGAUGAAGCUGCUCGAUGUUUGGUAGAAAACAUUCUCGCAAAUGCCAAGGACUUUCCUGUAGAGGAAAAUGAUGACAGUAGCAUAAGGGUCGACCAGGAGGCAAUGCCAGCAGAAAGUAAAUCUCAGUGCUGUUAAUAUUGUGCAAUCUACAGUAUGGUAAAAGGCACAGCAUAGCAAUCUGAGGCUGCCAUCGAUAUUCAGAUAGCUGCUAAAUGCUGCUUCACAUCGAGCUUGAGGAGAUCAAUUCAGCAUGGAGGAGAUGUUUACAAGGAUGUUCUUUUUGUGCAGCUGCACUUGAUGGGCAACAGAUUAAGAACAAGAAGUACCAAUAUGUGUUUCUGGUCAUGUAUCAUGUUUAGUAAUUAAAUAUUCAUCCCUUCAUAACCAGGGAAAGACAAAUCUUUGUCCACCACUCUGUCUACUGCGUGCCAUGGUUUAUAGUAUACAUAUUUUAAAAGAUACGUUAUACAACUUAAUGUUUCCAAGAUAAUGAAUAAUCAAGCAGCACGUUAGACAUUAUAUAUAUAUAUAUAUAUACUGUGGAAUGAACUGAUAUCGAAACAACACAGUAUUAUUGCACUGAAACUGAAUCUGGUCAGUGAUAUGAAGUUUUUUAUUUUUUUUUCAGGGAUGCCUUAAUAGUCACCCACACACAAGGCUUAUCCAUCACGCUGUGUUUAUUUUUUUAUUCUCGAUUAUUCCAAUGUAACACUUCACUAUAUUUCAAUCUUGAAUGCCUCUUGCAAAUAGCAAAGCAUGUAAAAUCAGAAAAACAGAAACACAUUUGUAACACAUCCAUUAAAAGUUUCAAGUUA